CGGCGAGGGGGUGGCCAUUCAAAUCCACCCCCAACGCAAAACCCCUCUCUCCGAUGUUUAUAAAUACAGGUCAAAACAAUGAGGGGCCCUAUCAGUUUGUGUUUGUGUGUCGUGUCCGGUGGUCAGCGAGAACUUCAAAAAAUCAAAUAUGAUGUGCGACGGAAACAAAGUAUUCAUCAUGAGCUUGCUCCUAGUCGGCCUUUGCAGUCUGAGCCAAGCGGAGGAGUCAGCGGCUGUUUCAGCAGGCAGACAACCGGACAAUCCCUCAAAUCAAGAGCCCAGCGCCGUCGAAAAAGAAAUCGUAGCGCCAGCUUUCCCUAGACUGUCCGCAGGUGAUUUCUCGCUGACGAGCGGGCUGUCGACACCCGCCCUGGUGGGGGUAGCUGUGGCCUUUGCCGCGGGCUUCUUCCUCCUCUCUACGGCCUGGCCCCUCCUCAACAUCCGAGCUUGCGCCAUUUUCGGAACCUGUGGUCCAGACUACAACGCCUACAGCUCCGUCGGCACCCCCUACAAUAAUGACGCCUACACCUACAGCGCACAGCCGCCCUACACCUCGACUAGUUACCAGAAAAGGUCCAUCUCAAGGAGACGGAGAGCACUGCAAUAAGCAGUGAUUACAACGUGGGUGAUACUACCUCCUUUACCUAAUUUAAAUUGUUCCUAGAUUUAUAAUUUUAGUAAUUUAUUAUUAAUAGUGAUAAAGUAUAAUUUCAUUUUUAUGAAUAAAUUUUUUUCCGAAAACCUA